GGGGAGGAGACGCGCACCUCAGGCCACGCGCCGCCUAUUUCCGGGCGUCGCCGCGGGCCUGCCCGAGCCCGAGCUGCUGGGGCGGGACUGAGGCCGCAACCGGGCUGCGACGAGGCGACCUCGCGGUGCUCACUUCACCGAGCGGGCGGCGGAGCCAUGGCCGGCUGCUGCUCCGUGCUCGGGGCCUUCCUGUUCGAGUACGACACGCCGCGCAUCGUGCUCAUCCGCAGCCGGAAAGUGGGGCUCAUGAACCGCGUGGUGCAGCUGCUCAUCCUGGCUUACGUCAUCGGGUGGGUGUUUGUGUGGGAAAGGGGCUACCAGGAAACUGACUCAGUGGUCAGCUCGGUGACAACCAAGGCCAAGGGUGUGGCUGUGACCAACACUUCUGAACUUGGAUUCCGGAUCUGGGACGUGGCCGACUAUGUGAUCCCAGCUCAGGAGGAAAACUCCAUCUUUAUCAUGACCAACAUGAUCAUCACUGUGAACCAGACGCAGAGCACGUGUCCAGAAAUUCCUGAUAAGACCACUGUCUGUAAGUCAGACUCCAGCUGCAUUACUGGUUCCACAGGCACCCACAGCAAUGGAAUUGGGACUGGAAGAUGUGUUCCAUUCAAUGAGUCUGUGAAGACUUGUGAGGUGGCAGCAUGGUGCCCAGUGGAGAAUGACGUUGGUGUGCCAACGCCGGCUUUUUUAAAGGGUGCGGAAAACUUCACCCUCUUGGUAAAGAACAACAUCUGGUACCCCAAGUUUAAUUUCAGCAAGAGGAAUAUCCUCCCCAAUAUCACCACUUCCUACCUCAAGUCGUGCAUUUAUGAUGCUUACACGGACCCCUUCUGCCCCAUAUUCCGUCUUGGCAAAAUCGUGGAGGAUGCGGGGCACAGCUUCCAGGAUAUGGCAGUUGAGGGAGGCAUCAUGGGCAUCCAAGUCAAGUGGGACUGCAACCUUGACAGGGCUGCCUCCCUCUGCCUGCCCAGAUAUUCCUUCCGGCGCCUAGACACCCGGGACCUGGAACACAAUGUGUCUCCUGGCUACAAUUUCAGGUUUGCCAAGUACUACAGGGACCUCACUGGCAACGAGCAACGCACGCUCAUCAAGGCAUAUGGCAUCCGCUUUGACAUCAUCGUGUUUGGAAAGGCUGGAAAGUUCGACAUCAUCCCUACCAUGAUCAACAUUGGCUCUGGCUUGGCACUACUGGGGGUGGCAACUGUGCUAUGUGACGUCAUAGUCCUCUACUGCAUGAAGAAAAGAUACUACUACCGGGACAAGAAAUACAAGUAUGUGGAAGACUACGAACAGGGUCUUGCAGGUGAGAUGAACCAGUGAUGCCUGGCCCUACACUUCAACCCCACACAGCCCUCGUCGACGCAGUGAGAAGGGAGAAAUGGCUGCUGCAUCACUCUAGAGAAAGUUCCAGAGUUUAACUCUGUCUCCUCCACUCCACAGACACUCAGGGUUGCCCAGCCGGUCUUGUAUUGUUUUUGUCAUUUUUUGAGCCUGGGUCUUACUCUGUAGCUCAGAUGGGCUUCAGACUCAAGACCUUCCUGCUGCAGUCCCCAGGAGUGCUGGGAUUUCAGGGUACUCCAUAGCACCCAUCUCCUUGGGGGUCUUGGCUUUUCUUUCUUUUUAAACCUUUUACAGAGUUUGACUAUAUGUAGCUCAGGCUGACCUCAAAUUCAAGACAUUCCUCCACCCUCUACAGCCUUUUAACCUAGCCUUUUGUGGGGGUUCAUUUGCUCACUACACAGUGGACCCCUGGUGUGGUGUUGACCAGGCCACCUGUUUACGUGGAGUGAGCUUACUGAGGUAAUGGGACCGUCUGAGAACAGAGCUAGUGCUGUGGCUUGUGGGACGCCCUUCUCCGGGGCCUCCAAGACUGGCUCCCUUGGAAGACCCAGUCCUUCCAGGCACAGCAGCUGUCCAAGCACUUUAUAAGGAAGGGAGUUCUCCAGGCCUGGGGCACUGGCCCUCUUCCCUGUAUCUAGAGACUUUGUUCCUUGUAACAAAGGCAGAGUUAGCUUUCCCUUUCAGAAGGGCUAUGUUGGAAUGACUGAGGACCAAUCAUUAAAAGAAAUGACUUUUUAAAA